AUGCGAGUCCAGAGGACUGUCGCAGAGCAAGCAUUCGCAGUGGAGUCGCCGUCAACCAUCUCAACCAAGAAAGCUGUCAAGUGUUGGGCACUGGAUUCACCUCACAUGAACGCUUCGACCGUCACGAUCAUUCAGAACAGUCCGAAUCAGGAUUCCAACAGUUUAGACAUUGAUACUUUCUACAGCCUAACAACUAUCGAUCGGGAUUCCCCGGCUACAUCUGAGCCAGUGGAAAGCAACGAAGAAACGGAGAGGAAAACAGAAUACAGUUUUGCUGAUGAAAAGGACGAUGACACAAGGCAGUCUUUCUGUGAACGACCUGGACAGGUAAUUGCAGACCAGCAAUCCACACGGAAGAAAAAGACGCGAACUGUGUUCAGCAGGAGCCAGGUUUUCCAUCUGGAGUCUACCUUCGACAUUAAACGGUACUUAAGCAGCUCCGAACGAGCGGGAUUGGCCGCUUCGCUUCACCUGACUGAGACGCAGGUGAAGAUUUGGUUCCAGAACAGAAGAAAUAAAUGGAAAAGGCAGCUCGCAGCGGACAUGGAAGCGGCGAACCUUCCCUAUUCGGCGCAAAGGAUUGUCAGGGUUCCAGUUUUGUACCAUGAGAACUUGGUACCCACUGCUAUGGGUUUUGGCGUGCCGCAGGUGUCGCCCCCGUUAGUUGGUUUUUCAAGUGCUGUCAAUUACCCCCUGUCUCCAUUCUCUUCCUCCGUGUCGUUUAUAAGGUCACAGAUGACAGGUCUUGUAUAA